CGACGAACAAACUGGUAGGAAGGCAACGAUAAAACGCUUACAACGGAUCGUCAUGCGUAGCACAUCAGUAUAGUCUCGCCCUGAUCCUUCCUCGAAUCUUCCUUCCUCAAAUCUCACUACACCCUGUUCCGAACCGUAUCCACUUAAGGCCACCAACCGACAACGGUCCAUGGCUCUCUCAUACUUCAACGUAAAGAAGCUGCGGCGGCAAUCCAAGCAGCACGACACGCAUGGACCCGAGACGUCUCCACCUGCCCCCGCUGUGAGCACGCCCACUGAAGAACCGGCUGUGUCGCCUAUACUUGAUGAGGAAGACCAGAAGUUCCUCGAGCGCCUCGCUGCUAUUGCACAAGAGCCUGAAGGUACUCCUCCACCGCUGCCCACACGUCCAGCGCAAGCCGUCGAGAACGGAGAGGUGAAGAUUGGCAAGGAUGCACAGGAGGCGAUAUUGGCUGGCGCGGACAAAAUCCCACUGCCUAUGAGCCCGCCCGAGGUCAUAGUAGAGGACACGGAUACAGAGAAAGACAAGGCGAAGGACGGGGGUCUUGGACGGAAGAAGAGCGUCAUGUCAUACUUUGCGCUUGCGCAGUCCAAAUUCAAGAAGGCUGCAGACAAGGAUAAGGACAAGGACCGCAAGGACCAUAAGGAGAAGGAUAAGAGGAAGGACAAAGUCACAGAAAAGGACAAGCAGAAAGCAGCCGAUGACCUGCACUCUGCCGCCGAAGCCGCAAAAUCCGCCGAGCAGAAAGAAGCAGAGAAAGAACAAGCAGACAUAACGCAGAUCCUCGAUCAACUCAACCUCUCCGCCGUCAACAACCGCGUCUUCUCCUUCUCCAAGGAAUCGGAAGAACUCCUCAAUAAAUUCAAGCUCGUACUAAAGGACAUCGUCAAUGGCGCACCCACCGCCUAUAACGAUCUCGAGAAGCUCUUCACAGAUUACGAGGGCCAGCUGAAGAAGCUGUACGGCAACCUGCCGCCUUUCUUGCAGAACCUCGUCAAGAGUUUGCCUGCAAAGCUCACCGCCACCCUGGGACCCGAGCUCAUGGCCGCACAAGCCGAAAAGCCCGGCUUCGACGCUAAACAGCGUAUGUCGGCAUCAGGCAUGAAAUCCAAGGCUAAGCGGGCUAAAGUCCCGUCGCUCAAGAGCCUGCUGUCUGCCGAAGGCGCAAUAGCCACGAUGCUGAGGAGCAUCCUCAACUUCUUGAAACUGCGCUUCCCGGUUGCCAUGACGGGCACCAAUAUCCUGUUGAGUCUCGCCGUAUUCCUACUCAUGUUUGUCCUAUGGUACUGCCACCGACGUGGCCGCGACACGCGUCUAGAGAAGGAGCGUCUCGCAGCCGAAGAAGCGGACUCCGCAAUGGCGAGCAGUGCGUCCUCGGUCGAUGAUGAUGGCGACUCUGUUUUCGGUGUCAAAGCCAAUGCUCAGGCGGAGAGCAGUAAGGCGAAGGAGAAAUCCACACCGCCGCUCAUCAUUUCGGACGGCAAGGAAGGUGAGCCGGAGAAGCCGCGCGCAAACCUCGAAGACAUGCCGAGCGUCACGCAUCUACCUGACCCCAGCGAGGAGAGGGCAAAGGAGGAGCCGCUCAGUGUUCCCAAGUGAGAUGUAAUGAUAGAAAGACAGUGGUGUUCUUUUUGGCUUCAGAAUGAUAUCCCCUUUGCGCAAUAGGUUUUGUAAUUGAGCCUGACGGGGUCGAAAGACUCCAGGAAUAGCAACGGCUAGCAACGACAAUUUAAUGGCACGAAAUACGAGCGAAAUAUUGGCUUAUGAUAUUAACAUAUCGGGCAUCAGAUCCUUUGUACUUCAUAUUGUCUAUUAGGGCGAGACGAAUGGAGGCACUA